UUUGACCCAAUAUAAAACCUUAACAUCCUCUUUCCAUGAAAGAAUCGUUGUUCUAGUCAAUUAUCUGCGGUAUGAUUAUGAACUCUUCAGGAUGCUGACAUAAACUGUUGUAGCAAGAAUUUAGUAUUUUGGAAUGCAGUUACUACGAAAGAGCUGACAAUGAAUCCUAGACUAGGUCAAUUCAUCUUUAUUAUUCAGUAUAAACCAGGUUUUCCUUCCUGCUUUGUUUCCAAGAUCAGUUAUUGACUUAUUUCUUUGAAGUUUUUUGGAGCUUCAAAGGGGUAGAUGAUCUUUAAUAUGUAAAUUGCUUAAAUUUAUUACUGUUUUCUUUAAUUCCUUUUCUUUUGCCUUUUCUUUGAUCUCAUUGAAUGCAAGUACUCAUUUGUAGUCUUACACACAGAUGAACGCUUGCAUACAAAUGGCUUUUAGAAAUAUAAUUAUAAAUUUUCUUUUCAGCACCUUUUUCUGGUCACUGCUGGGUGUAUUUACUCUCAGCAAUGGUGGUGAUAGUGAUAUCUCUUGCUUGAAAUCCAUUAAAGAGUCACUAGAAGACCCUUUUAAUCGCUUUAAAUCUUCUUGGAAUUUUGACGAAGUUGGAGAAGGUUUCUACUGUGGAUUUACUGGGGUCCAAUGCUGGAAUUCCGGGGAAAGCAAAGUUUUAUAUAUCCAACUUUACAACAUGGGCCUCAAGGGCCAAUUCCCUCAGGGCAUUGAGAACUGCAAAUACUUACAAGGUCUAGAACUUUCAUUCAACAAGCUCUCUGGUGCCAUCCCCUCUGACAUAUCAACAAGGCUCCCUUAUGUGACAGUACUUGAUCUCUCUAGAAACAAUUUCUCUGGUGAAAUCCCGACAGAUAUUGCAAAUUGUGUUUAUCUGAAUUCCCUUAAACUUGAUCACAACAGGCUGACAGGUCAAAUACCUCAGCAACUUGGCCAGCUCACUCGAAUCAAGACCUUUACCGUUGCUAACAAUUUUUUGUCAGGACCAGUACCAAAUUUUGCCAUUGCCAGUGUCACGAAAGAGAGCUACGUGAAUAACAGCGGACUUUGUGGAGGGCCUUUGGAACCUUGCAAAGAGCUUGGAAGGAAAUCAGAUGAGACUUUUAAAAGUGGGUUUAUUGUUGGUUAUGCGGUUUCUGCAGUUUCAGUUGUAACUAUUUUCAUGUCCUAUUGUGUGCCUUGGGAGCAAAUGAAGAAGAGGAAAAGGAUGACCCUCAAGAAGAACAAUAAGAGAAAAGAAGCUCAUAAGGUGACCAAAUUGCUGCCUUCAAAUCUCCAAUGGAAAAGCUACAAACAGAUCUCUAUUUUGGAGAGGUGGGUUACUAGAAUGACUCUUGCAGAGCUCAAUAAGGCAACUGACAAUUUUAGCUCUGAUAACAUCAUUGGAUUGGGAAAGAUGGGAACAGUAUAUAAGGCUACACUGCCCAAUGGUCUGUUUCUUGCUAUUAAGAGACUAUAUGACUCUCAACAGCUGGAGAAACAAUUCAUGUGUGAGUUAACAAUUCUAGGUAGAUUGAGACAUUAUCACUUACUUCCCCUCUUGGGAUUCUGCAUAGAAAGGAAAGAGAAGAUUUUGGUGUACAAAUAUAUGUCCAACGGAAAUCUUUAUGAUUGGCUACAUUCUUUGGAAGAUGAUUCUAUGAAAUUAGAAUGGCCGUUGAGGGUUAGAAUCGCUGUUGGUCUAGCGAGAGGCUUGGCAUGGCUCCACCACAAGUGCAAAAUCCGGAUAGUCCAUCUGAACAUAUGCUCAAAAUGCAUCUUACUUGAUCAGAAUUUUGAGCCUCAAAUAUCAAAUUUCGAAGGGGCGACAUCAAUCAAUUCAAAAAAUGCUAAUCAUUCAAGGAGAUCCUCUAUAAAUAAUGGGAUUUGGGAUCUGGAAUAUGUUACAAAAGAUGUCUAUGACUUUGGAAUCGUGCUUCUAGAGCUGAUUACACAGUGGGAACCAAGUCAAAUAAGCAAUGCAUGUAUAAGUUCUAAUCUUUUAGCAAGCUCUUCCUUUCUAUAUGAAAUGAUUGACAAAUCUCUGGUCGGGAAUGAAUAUGAUGAAGAGAUCAUUCGGCUCAUUAAAAUUGCAUACGACUGUGUUCAGCCAUUUCCACAUCAAAGGCCAACAAUGGUUGAAGUGUACCAAAAAACAUGGGCCGUAGGGGUACGAUAUGGUAUUGCAUAUGAUUUCAGAAUAGUGAGGAGACCUCAAAUUGCUGCUGCUGCUGCUAGUACUAGCGAUGAAAUUAUUGAGAUUGAAACAGCAGAAACCUAAGCACUAAAGUACAUUAGCAUAACUCUGUUAAAUAAGGUUUGUAUUAAUUUGCUAGUGUUGGAAAAGAAAAUCCUAUUAUGAGUGAGUUCGAAUGUAUAAUUAAUUAGCUCUAGGUGCGUGAUUUUCUGUUUCAAAAGUGUUGUCAUGUAAAUCGUUUCAGUUUGACUAAUUAUGUGAGUCUAUGUACGUACUAAGUUAUGCUUGUUG